UCAUAAUAAUGGAACAUUUGGUGUUUACGUGGAAUACACUUAUGAACUUUCUUAUCCUUUUAAGUAUAAAAUAACCAAAAAAGCGACAGAAUGAUUGAAAUUUCAGAUUUGCAAAAAAUCGGCAUCGGCUUGGCUGGCUUUGGCAUCUCAUUCUUAUUUCUUGGCAUGCUGCUGCUCUUCGACAAAGGCUUGCUUGCCAUUGGAAAUAUACUAUUCAUAGCGGGUCUUGCAUGCGUUAUUGGCGUGGAGCGAACUUUACGCUUUUUCUUUCAACGCCACAAAGUUAAAGGCACAACAGCGUUCUUUGGCGGAAUUGUCAUUGUGCUGCUGGGUUGGCCCAUCAUUGGCAUGAUCAUUGAAUCCUAUGGAUUCUUUGCACUCUUCAGCGGAUUCUUCCCUGUGGCCAUCAAUUUUCUUGGCCGUGUUCCCGUUCUAGGAUCCAUUUUCAAUCUACCAUUUAUGCAAAAGAUUGUGCAAAAACUUGGUGGAGACGGAAAUCGAACAACCGUAUAAUAUUAAAACAUAUGUAGGAAAUACAUUUAAUUAUACGAGCAUGUUUUUUGUAUAAAUUAAAUAAAUUCGUUGUUGUGGAAAAAAAAGAAAA